AUGGUUUUACCACUGAAUUUAAUUGGAAAUUUAACACCAAAUGAAUUAUCAUUCCUUACUGAAAAUGAAAUGAUAACUAUACUACCACGAUACUCAAUGAACAAAAUAGAUCUAAUAGGGGUAUGUAAUAAUUAUUUCAAAAUUUUAAUUUACUAACAUUUUAGACCUCCAUACCUAAAUUAAGAGCAAUGAGAAGAGAGAAAGUUCCACUUUGGGUUGCAUUAAUAUUAAAAUCACAAUCUAAAUGUAAUAUAGUCCCUCCUGAUUGGUUAAAUCAUCAAUAUCUAAAAGAUAAAUAUGAUGAAGAAAUCCGCAAAGCUAAUCAAUUUAGUGCUUUACCUUUUAAUUGGUUAGAAAUAACAAAGAUAUUUCUAGAUAAUGCAUCUGAUGACUUACAAGAUUCAACUGAUGAAAUAAGAAGUAUAAUACAAGAUCUAAAAGAAAUACGAUUAGUUAAAUCAAGAAGAGGGUUAAAAGAAUUAAAUGAAUCAAAUAUACAAUUGAAUGGAUUAGGAAUGAUGGAAAUUAAUGAAAUUAGAACAUUUGUAAUACCCGUCAUGAAUAAAUUACGACAAUUACAUGAUACAACUGUAAAAGAAGAAGAAGCAGAAAGUGAUGAAGAUGAGAUGUCUGAAUAG